CAGACGUUGCACAAAUUUCGAAUAUGAUUCUCCUGCCACUUUUUGUCUUGGCGAUCGUGAUAAUCAGCUUUGUAUGGUACCACUCAACUUUCCGUUAUUGGGAUAAACUCGGGAUUCCCAAUGUUCGGGGCUUUUUUAGUGGCAGUUUAGGCGGUAUUAUCCGCAUGAAAACCAAUUUCGGAUUCCACCUAAAGAAAGUUUAUCUUGAUCCUAAAUUUGAGAAUGCACCUGUAGUGGGUGUCUACAUACUGCAUCGUCCUGCCUUGUUAAUACGCGAUCCGGAAAUGCUUAAGUCAAUAUUCAUUAAAAAAUUCGAUAAUUUUCGUAACCAUUUUGCGCAGCCAGAUCCACACUUCGAUCUUGUGGGUAGUAAGGCCAUGAUUUUCUCCCGUGGUAAGCAUUGGAGGAGAAUUCGUUCAAAACUAUCAACGGUAUUUACAGGUAGCAAAAUAAGGCAAAUGUAUCCUUUGCUACAGGAAGUGGGUGCCAAUCUGGAGAGGCGUUUGCGACAAAAAGGGAAACGUUUUGUGGCGGAAAUGAGAGAACUGUCUGCUUUAUACUCCAUAGACACCAACAACUCCACAAUAUUUGGGGUUUCCUCUAAUGCCCUGGACAAUCCAAAGGAUGAGUUUGCCAAUGAUAUUCGCAAGAUAGCUGUCGGUGACUGGAGGCAAUCGAUACGUUAUGCCUUUAUUUACUUCUUGCCUCAAUUGGUGGGUGCUUUUAAGUUAAAAUUAAUAGCCCAAGAAACAGAGGACUUUUUAAGGACCACCAUGACCAAGUUGAUUUGCGAAAGGGAACGUACGUGUCUACAAAGGAAUGACAUAAUAGACGCCUUUGUCGAGAUGAAGAAAGAAGCUACGGCAGAAGGAGAGAAUAUGUCGACUUUCAUGAAUACUCUAACCGGCCUCACUUGGAGUUUCAUGUUUGCUGGCUUCGACACCUCCGCCAGCACCAUGUCCAGUGCCCUGUUAGAGUUGGCUAAGCAUCCCGACGUACAAAAUAAAUUAAGAACGGAGAUAGAACAUGCCAUUUGUCAAAAUAAUGAUAAACUUUCCUAUGAAGCUUUGAAUAAUUUGAAAUAUCUCGAUAUGGUGGUACGUGAGGCCUUAAGAAUGUAUCCCGCAUUGGCAAUUACUGAAAGAGAACAUUCUGCUGACAAUAAGGGAAAUUUGUUUUCUCUUAAGCCCUAUUUUGAUUACAACCUGCCCGAUGGUAUGGCGGUUAUGAUUUCUAUAUCUGGCAUGCACUAUGAUCCAAAGCAUUGGCCAAAUCCUAAUGUGUUUGAUCCGGACCGUUUCUCCAUGAAAAAUAGACAAAGUCGACAUCCCAUGCUAUUCCUAUCUUUUGGCCAAGGACCUCGUAACUGCAUAGGAUUUCGUUUGGGCUUGUUACAAGUCAAAAUUGGUCUAAUAGCAUGCCUUAAGAACCACUAUGUUAAGUUGUGUGAUCGAACCAAUCUGAGCCAGCAUUUGGAUCCUAGAACAAUUGUCUUACAAAUUGAAGGUGGCAUCACUUUGGAGAUGGUUAAUGAUGAUAAGUGCCUUAAAAAAUUGAACGUGAUGACCAGAUAUGGGCCAAUCAACAAAUGCUGCGGGGUUUCAGAUUAAUUAUCAUAGAAAUUAGUUUAUAUAACACAUUCCUGGCCUUAAAAAAAUAUAUAUAAAGUUCUGUGUAGACUUCGAAACAACUGAA